UUCACUAGCAAGUCUGUUUACAUGACAGACUCUCCAGCUAGUUUAUACAAUGUUCAAGAAGCAAAAGUCCCUCCGCUCAGAACGCAAAAGACAAUUAUUCUUUCAAGGAGUUUCAAGGUCCGCCAUGAGGAAUGACCUGAGAAGUUUUCACACGCUGUCACACUUUGUCCUCUCAGCAGGCCCCCUAAAACCAGCUCCAGUCCUCAAACAUUCAAAAACUGUUCACUUUGAGAUUGAAAUCCUUGAUGCUCAAACCAGAAAGCUGAUAUGUAUUGUGGAUAAGGUGACACAAUCAUCUACUGUUCAUGAUGUUAAACAAAAAUUUCACAAAGCAUGUCCAAAGUGGUAUCCUUCUCGAAUUGGGCUACAGCUAGAAUGUGGUGGGCCUUUCUUGAAGGACUACAUCACUGUCCAGAGUGUCGCAGCUUCUUCACUUGUCACACUCUAUUUUACAGACUUAGGCCGCCAAGUCAGUUGGACCACAGUGUUUCUGGCUGAAUAUGCAGGACCUCUGCUAAUAUACCUCCUGUUUUACUUUCGGAUUUCAAAUAUAUAUGACAUGAAGGAGAGUGCUAGAAGAUUGCGCCACCCAGUGGUACAUUUGGCUUGCUUCUGUCAUUGCAUACACUACAUCCGGUAUAUUUUGGAAACUUUAUUUGUUCACAAAGUUUCUGCAGGUCACACUCCUUUGAAAAAUUUGAUAAAGAGUUGUACCUUAUAUUGGGGAUUCACUUCUUGGAUCGCCUACUACAUUAACCACCCACGUUAUACGCCACCAUCUUUUGGAAACAGACAAAUUGUAGUAUCUGCUAUCAAUUUUCUGAUUUGUGAAGCUGGGAAUCAUUUCAUCAACGUAAUACUGGCUCAUCCCAAUCACACAGGGAAUAAUGCCUGCUUCCCAAGUCCAAAUUACAACCCCUUCACGUGGAUGUUUUUCCUGGUUUCAUGUCCAAACUACACAUAUGAGAUUGGAUCGUGGAUUAGCUUCACAGUCAUGACACAGACACUGCCAGUUGGAAUUUUUACACUUCUGAUGAGUAUCCAGAUGUCUUUGUGGGCAAAAAAGAAACAUAAAUUUUACCUGAAGAAGUUUAACUCAUGUAUGCAUAGAAAAUCAGCAAUUAUUCCAUUUGUGUUGUAAAAACAUAAGUUCUAAUAUCAAGAAAGACAAUAUAUAAACUCAAUAACUCAAAAUUAUUUAAGGAAAAUUAACUAAUGCUCUCUCAAUUAAUGAACAACAGUAUUUUUUCUAAUUAAAAUUGAACUAUUAGAAUUUAUCUAAAUUUACAGUUAUUAAAAUUAGGCAAUGAAAAGUAGAAAUGAUAAAUACAGAGUCUGCCCCAAAAAUGUAUACGCACGUCAGCAUUUCACUGUACUACUAAAUGUCUGGAAGGUAAUGACCACCAUUUUAAGCAUUUCUUGCAAUUGUAGAGGCCAAAGGUAACUUGUAUUAAUGUCAUGUUCUGAAUAAAUUUAGUAUGAAAAUAUUUAUAUGUUU